AUGGGUGGAACAUUUCUUCAUGUAAAAACCCCAAUCAGUAGUGAUGGUUCUUACCAGCUGAGGAAGAUCAUCAGGGCUCAUCAUCAUCUUCAAAACUUCAUCUCUGCAAAAGCAACGGCGGAGAUGGAACGAACCACCCAGCUGCGAAAAUCUAAAGUAAGAGAGAGUGGAGAGUCUCACAGAAAGCGAAGUGGAUUGAGCAGAAGGAUUGAGGAGAGAGAGGGUGAAAGAGAGGGCUUUGAAGGCGAGACAGAGAGGACAGGAUUUAUGGAGUGUAGCGAGGGUUUUUCGGAUCGAUAA